GAGGUAGUGGGAUGCGGAGCAGUGCCAAGAGCGUGACACUCCCGGGAAGGCCGGGCAGAGGCGAGAGCCAGGGCUGAGGAGCAAGCCUCACGUCUCCUUCACGGUUCCUUCCACAGCUGCUGGCUGUUGCUGUCGUUGCCCAUCAGUAAGCAGCGGCCAGUGCCAUGGAUGAGGUGACAGAGCUGGAGAUGGGGGGGAACUCCCUCCUAAAGGCAGUGUGGCUCGGCCGGCUCCGGCUGACCCGGCUACUGCUAGAAGGGGGGGCUUACAUCAAUGAGAGCAACGAGAAAGGGGAGACCGCCCUGAUGGUGGCCUGCAUCACCAAGCAUGCCGACCAGCAGAGCAUUAACAAGGCCAAGAUGGUGAAGUACCUGCUGGACAACAGAGCUGACCCCAACAUCCAGGACAAGUCUGGGAAAACAGCCCUCAUGCAUGCCUGCAUCCGUGGCGCCGGGGCGGACGUGGUGUCCCUGCUGCUGGAGAAUGGGGCAGACCCCAGCCUGGAGGACCACUCAGGAGCAUCAGCUCUGGUCCACGCCAUCAAUGCCGAUGACAAGGAUGUGCUGCAGCACCUCCUGAAUGCCUGCAAAGCCAAAGGGAAGGAGGUGAUCAUUAUCACCAUGGACAAGUCGGCCUCUGGCACCAAGACUGCCAAGCAGUACCUGAACGUUCCCCCCUCGCUGGAGUUCAAGGAGAAGGCCCCCCCCGAGGCAUGCACAGCACCCUCCAGCACCCACUUGAAAACUCCUGGCUCAGCACCUUCCCCUGCGGAGAAGGAGAGCGGCAUCUUCGGCCCACACCCGUCGCACCCUGGGGACAGCCCCUCUGCCAGGUCUGCCGACGAGCCACCCUCUCCAGGCCAGAGAGCCGGCGCAGCCAGGAGAGCCCGCCUGCCCCAGCUGAAACGGCUACGGUCAGAGCCGUGGGGUCUGGUCGCGCCCUCAGUGCUGGCGGCCUCCACACACCGCGACGACACGCGGGUCUGCGCAGAUGAUGAGGUGAUCAUGGGCAUCGGCGACCUCUCGCUCUCCAAAAAGGCUCCUCUUGCCUGGAGUGGCAGCAGCAAGAGCAAGGACCCCUCUCUCUUCCCCCCGGUAGACGAGCAGGCUCUGAGGACACCGCCAGCCCCUGGGCCACUGGUGAGGAAAGCAACCUACGAGAAGAGCCAGGCCACCCACCAGCGCCUGCCCCGAAGAGGCACAGUCCCCGAAGAGCCGGAGAGCGUCAGCUCCACUGUCGCCGGCUCGGCCACGGCAAUGGACACGCUGCACUGGUGGAGGCUGAGUGCCGAGCACUACGACUGCGACCCCCAGGUCUCCAGUGUCCCCGGCCUGACCGAGGCGGGGAAGGUGCCAUCAGAGAGGAGGAAGCUCAGCGGUUCCCACCUGGCCUUGCUGGAUGGCUCGCGGGAGUCCCUGGACAGCAUGGCCGGCACAUCACCUGCCACCGUCCGGCACCGACCACCCGGCUUGCUGGAGAGGCGAGGGUCCGGGACCCUGCUGCUGGACCACAUCUCCCACACGAGGCCGGGAUAUCUGCCCCCCCUGAAUGUGAACCCCAACCCCCCAAUCCCUGACAUCGGCUCCAACAGCAAAGCCUCCUCUCCGCUUGCUGCCUGCUUUAAGUCCCUGGUACCCAUCGCUCCCAGCUCGCCCAGACGGGGCGACUUGAGAGCCAAAAGGAAGCUUCUCCGGAGACACUCCAUGCAAGCGGAGCAGAUGCGGCAGCUCUCUGAUUUUGAGGAAAUAGUGGCCCAGUAACCAUGUCACCAUUUGCUUCCCAGGAAGGUUACCAAACCAGUGCUCUCCGUGCAGAAACGUGAUGGUUCCCGCACAGAGCAGUGACUUGGCCCCAGGGAAGCACUGGCAGCCGUGGCGGUCAGACCUGUGCCCAGGGGCUGAAUCAGGAGGUUCCUGUUCCCACAUGCCAGAGCUGUAAGGAGAGCCUGAGCAUCCAGCCCAAGCAGCUGAAGUCUCUCUUGUACUCUUUAUUCACUUCUGGAUCUUACCCCAGGAGCAACUACCUGAGAGAUCAAUCCCAGACCUUCUGAGACCAUCAGGCUUUGCACAAAGGCUCCCGCCUGCAGUUCAGUUAUUCCUUGUUAUUUACAAUCCGCUUUUCUUCCAUCCUGCUCAUUCUGACACAGAAACCCAUCUGGAGCCUCACGCCAGUGAGCCAUGGGGCUAAUGUGUUUGUGAAGUGCCUACAGGAAGGAAAGGAGCUUAAUGCUGUGCGAGGUUGGAAGAGCAGAAACACCCCUCCCUAGCAAUUGAAUGUAUUGGUACCCUCACUGUGCUGGAGAGGGAGACAAUUCUCCACCUCAGAGAUUUCCAAGCACUUUGAAACUCCAGAGGCUGAGCUAAUCCCAUUACUGCUGCAACCUGGUGCUUCAGUGGACCCAGAUCUGGAACAGGUUUGUCUCUGUCCCUGAAAUGACCAAGGUUCAAGGGCAUUUCCCACCACAGUGAGCAACUCCAAGCGCUGAAUUCCUGGGCAGGGAGCACUCCCAGCCUCUCUGCGUGGGAAGAUUCUGCCAACGAUGGGGGAGCAAGGAUGCCAAGCUGCCAAGGAUGGCACGUGGUGAGCGACAGGGGUUCACCCCCACAGGGGAAAGCUGCAGGCACAGCACCGCAGCCAGGCUCCUCUCUCCUGCUGACCACGCUGCAACAACUGUCCUCUGGGACCGAAGCAGAGCUGAGCCGCACACAGGCAGGAGGAGGAGGCAGCCGCAGGAUGGCUCUGCAUGGCAUUGGUGUCUGCAGCAGCUCUCUGCACAGCACCAUCCUGAUGCAGUGUGAGUCCGAGCCAGCAAACACGUCUGCAUGGCUGGAUGUGGGGGGUGCAACUGCGAUUCCUUCCCUGUGCACAGGGACCUGGGUGCCCAGCCCCGCAGACAGGGCCAUGCAGCACCCUGCCGCAGGACGGGGCCUCCACCAGCAGCAUGUGGCAGCUUUGCAGCAUCAGGGCAGCGAGACUGCACACCACCAGCCCCCUCCCACUCCCACGGCCCCAGCCCCAGCCAGGCACCAGCCAGCAGUGGGGAGACUCCUCACCCCGUGCUUAGCUGGGACUAUGAGCUGGAUGUGUGCCAGAGCUGCCAUCAGUCAGCCAAACCCACCACACGGAGCCAGCUGCGAAGAGGAAACAGCCCACAGCCCUGUGCUGGUGACUCGGCGAGUGUUUCGGAUCUGCAGCCCACCCCGAACAUUGUGCCACCCAUCUGAGGCCAAGCGAGAACAACUCCCGUGGGUUUAUUCAAUGAAGUCUCACGUGUCCUGACGCCCACUGCACAGUCGGUGUCACUUUGACAAGCAAGUGGCAGCAGUCUCACCCCGCCAGAACUGAUGUCGGAUUCUGCCCUUGCCUCAAUCAGCCCAGCACAUGCUUCCGUCCAUCCUUCCAAAACUGCUGGCAAAGAGCCGGUUCCUUGCCCAGGGCAUUAUCCGCCUUGCUCCAGGCUGUUGCAAAACUUUGCACAGUUCCUGCACAAAGCAGCACCGCGUUUUGGUUUUAACUGCACAGGAAUGUUCUCUGACAGUGCAUUUGAGAUUUAAAUAUGCUGUUUAGAGCAAAAGUGGGCUUAUAUUUUUACAGCCUUAAAGUUUAUACUCUCUGUAGGUCAAAUGUCUUAUAGAUUGAAUUUCAGGCAUAUUUUCCCUAUAACAGUGACGUUUGUCUCGUAUUUUAGAGUGUGGAUUUUUAAAUACCUUUGCUCAUGUUUUCUGUUUGUUUCUAAAUAUUCUGA